CCCAGGGUUCCGCUCCCUGAGCCAGAAAAGGGUCCUUUCCUUUCCUGUCCCCCCCGACGGUUCCCUGUGUCGUCCCACACCCCGAAACAAUAUCCCAUCAUGCUAAGGAGUACCGCCGCUCCAAGACUUAGUCUACCCGUUUAAGAAACAAACAUGGAUACUGAGGCGGCGUACGCGGCAACCGACGAACUGGGGAGAACAAUAGAGUAUCACGAACCAACCAUGACCUUCGAACCUCUGGAGUACUCUUCCACCUCAUUAAAACCACCUGGUCUUAUUACACCGCUCGUCGAUAGAAGCAAUACCAAUACCUUGCUGUCGAAUAUACGGCACCAACGGCAGCAGUCGGUUCCGAACGUUUAUUAUUCGAACGCGGAUUCGCUGUCUCCAUCUCCAUCUCCUAAGCCAGGCCACGUCAGGCGUCAAUCUCAAGGCAUGCCGCUUACCGGUGACGGGCGAGCCGGCCGGCGCCCGGAUAAUUCCCCAGCAAGAUACGGCACCUGGCUGAGCGCCACACCGUCGUCCUCAUCCGCAGACGAGGCCGUCUCUCCAAACACCACACCUAAAUCCAGACGCAGCAUCGCAUCCGUAUCGUCCGACACCACACCAAAGAGCGCGACGCAGUCCCGCUUCGGCUUCUUCGCGUCGCUCACCACACGGCUAUCCAGCCCGGCAGCAGCGCAGACGCCCCAAGAAAUCGACGACGAAAUAAUCAACAUGGACAUCGAAGCAGCGCUGUACCCGUCCGCGACAGACCGCGACACCUUCUCGCCCGCAGCCUACAAGAACCUGCAGACCAACGCGGCGGGGCUGCUGCGCAAGAUGCAGGACGCGUACCGGCAGCGCGCAGCCACGAUCCGCGAGAUGCGCGCCGAGCACGAGGCCCACGCCGAGGAGAUGGCGGAGACGGAGCUGCGCAUCCGCAGCUUCAAGAGCCAGCUCGAGAGCAUGGCGGCCAAGGCGGCCGAGCAGGAAAAAGCCAUGCAGCAGCUCGUCGCGGAGCUGCAGGCGGAAAGGGGCGCGCGGCGCGAGGCGGAGGACAGGGCUAGUAGUCGCGGGAGGGCAGGGGCAAAGGCAAGGGCAGGGCUAGUCGAGUCGCCGCUGAUCACGGAGGAUCUCUGCGCGGACGUGGACGUGGACGACGAUGCGGCGGAUGAUGAAGAAGAAAAGCGGAAACGCUGCUGGCGCAACAGCGACGGCACGGUGCGCUCGGAUCUCAGCAUCGACACCUCGGCGGGGGGGACCAGCGUGACGGACGGCGAAAGCGUCGAGGCCGAAAGCAUAUUUAGUCGGAGCCGGAGCCCAACCGCCACGGUAACAACCACCAUGACGGAAACCGAGGUUCCGCCCACGCCGCAGCAGCACGAGCUGCUCGCUAUCCGGUCCCCUCACAACAACAACAAUAACAAUAACAACACGCCCGGUCUGUCUCCUAAGCCGGGACGGCAGUUGACUACGUUCCAGAAGCUGGUUAAGGGGAUUUCGGGGGGAGGAGGAGGAGGAGGGGGAACGGGGGACGUGGUGGACGGGUGUGGGAAUUGUAGGGGGCAGGACGCGAGUGUGGCGUGGGAUACGGUUAGUCUGCUGCGCGACGAGAAUAAGAGUUUGAAGCAUCGUGUUGCGCAGCUCGAGGUUGUGGUUGAGGGCGCGUUGGAUGUUGUUAAUGGGAUUGGGGUGUAGUAGGGGGGGGUUAUGUGUUGUGUUGUGUUGUGUUCUGUUCUGCUUUUACGGCUUUGAGACGUUGAGGGGAUAC